UUUGAAGGGGUUUAGUUUCUCCGUUUGAAUCACAAUGUAAAUAUGCUUUUUACUAUGAAACCACCACUCGAGUAGGCCUGGACGUUUUACCCCAACAGAAGUUCUGACCUUAAACGGAACCGAAAGAACCGACACCUCUAUCCAAAUCUUUUAUACAAAAUAUCCAAACGGGAGAGCUUGGUAUUUUCAGAUUCGGGUACCAUCCUAAUCGUAUCGAAAUCCAACUUAGGAUCCGUAAUAUCCAAAAUUGGUUUGAAAAUGUUAAUAUUUUUGUAUAUAUUAAGAUAAUUUAGAUAUUCUAAGUAUUUUAAAGGUUGUUGUAAUUUUUUUUUGCUUUGUUUUUAUGAAUGCUUUUUAGUUAGUUUCGAUAGUUUAACUAGUUUUAAUUAAAUUUAUGAAUAAUUUAUAUAUUUUGAAUAUUUUUGUUAACUUUUGAAUGUUUUUAAAAAUUUAUUUUUGGCGAUUUCACAUUAUUUAUAAUCUGAUCUGGAUGGAAUCCAGAAGGAAUCAAACCGAACCCAACCUAAAACAUAGUAAAUCUGAGAAUAAGACUUAUGAACAUUCGUUCAUGCCUGAGUUUACAAAUAGGUUCGUCCGUAGGCAUUAGGUAAGAGGUAAAUUGCAUUUGCGUUACGUUCUGAUGUCAUCUCUGAUACUCCACGGAAGAAGGUUCUUCGAGUUGCAGAAAUGGCGUCAUUUCCGAUUCGCAGUGAACAUCGUGCUGCAGAAUGAAUCUCCUUUCUCCUCUGCAAGUUCGACCCUUCAAGAUGGUCGAAAAGGUCACAACUUUACUGUCUCUUCUUACCUCGUUGAUUCGCUGGGUUUCACCACAAAACUCGCAGAAUCCAUCUCCAGUAAGGUGAGCUUUAACGACAAGGUUAACCCUGACUCUGUUCUGAGUCUACUUAGAGUCCAUAGGUUCACAGAUUCUCAGAUCUCCACCAUCAUUACAGAUUAUCCACAAGUUCUUGUCGCAGAUGCUGAGAGAUCCCUUGCUCCCAAGCUUCAGUUUUUAAAAUCAAGAGGAGCUUCAACCUCUGAACUCACUGAGGUUCUCUCCAAAGUCCCUAAGAUAUUGGGAUCCAAAAAGGACAAAACUUUAAGCAGAUACUACGAUUUCGUCAAGGACAUUGUACAAGCCGACAAGAGUUCCAAGUUCAAGAAGCUGUCUCCUUCUUCUUCUUUGCUGUCACAGGGUAGUAAACAGGAGAACAAGAUUAGGAACAUAAUAGUUCUGAGAGAAUUAGGGAUGCCUCAGAAGUUGUUGUUCUCAUUGCUAACAUCCCAUGUACAGUUUGUAUGCGGGAAAGACAAGUUUGAGGAGUCACUCAAGAAGGUCCUUGAGAUGGGUUUUGAUCCCACCACCACCACCCUUAGUUUUGUUGGAGCUCUGCGCAUGCUUUACGCAUUGAGCGACAAAACCAUUAAAGCAAGAGUUGAAGUCUACGAAAGGCUAGGCUUUUCAGUGGAGGACGUGUGGGCAAUCUUCAAGGAGUGGCCAAUCUUCCUGGGAUACGCGGAGAAGAAUAUAGCUGACUCUAUUGAGACAUUUCUAGAGCUUGGAUUCAGCAGAGAUGAGUUUGUGAUGACUGUGAAGCGUCAUCCUCAGUGCCUUGGAUUAUCUGCUGAGUUGGUGAAGAAGAAGACUGAGUUUUUGGUGAAGGAGAUGGGUUGGCCGAUAAAGGCUGUGGUUUCAAACCCUUCAGUACUUGGAAACAGCAUGGAGAAGAGGAUGGUACCUAGGUGUAAUGUAAUCAAAGCUCUCAUGAGUAAAGGAUUGCUUGGAAGUGAACUCCCUUCUAUACACUCUGUUUUGGUAUGUACAGAUCAGGAUUUUUUGAAAAGGUAUGUGAGGAAAUAUGAUGAUGAGCUGCUUGUGGCUGAGCUGAUGGGUAUUUUCACCGGAGGUCGUGUUUCAACUUGAUGACCAACUUUAAUGCUUGUUUUCUUUUUGUUUCUCUGUUGAUUUUAGAUUCAUCUGUGGAUCUUUUGAUGCUGACUAUAGGUAACAGAGGAAGUGCAUCUUUUUAAUAUAAAUAUAUGAGUUUCGGAAAACCA